CCCCGCGCCGCCGCCGCUGCCGCCGCCGCCGCCGCCGCGCCGCGGCUUGAGGGCGGGAGGCUGGGGGAGGGUAGCGGAGCCGGCGCCGCCGCCAUGUUGGGUCUGAAGCGGCUGCUGUAGGCGCCGACGGAGCGAGCGGGCGUGCGGAGCGGGCGACAGCGGCGUGGGAUCUGCCUCUCUGCGAGCAGCUGGGAGCGGCGGCGGCGGCGCCAUGAGCGGGGGCACCCCUUACAUCGGCAGCAAGAUCAGCCUCAUCUCCAAGGCGGAGAUCCGCUACGAGGGCAUCCUCUACACCAUCGACACCGAAAACUCCACCGUAGCCCUUGCCAAAGUUCGAUCCUUUGGUACAGAAGACAGACCAACAGAUCGUCCAAUACCACCUCGAGAUGAAGUCUUUGAAUACAUUAUAUUCCGUGGGAGUGACAUUAAAGACCUUACUGUUUGUGAGCCGCCAAAACCACAGUGUUCUUUGCCUCAAGACCCAGCUAUUGUUCAGUCCUCACUAGGCUCAUCGACUUCUUCAUUCCAGUCCAUGGGUUCUUAUGGGCCUUUCGGCAGGAUGCCCACAUACAGUCAGUUCAGUCCAAGUUCCUUAGUUGGGCAGCAGUUUGGUGCUGUUGGUGUUGCUGGAAGCUCUUUGACAUCCUUUGGAACAGAAACAUCAAACAGUGGUACCUUACCCCAAAGUAGUGCGGUUGGUUCUGCCUUUACACAGGAUACAAGAUCUCUAAAAACACAGUUAUCUCAAGGUCGCUCAAGCCCUCAGUUAGACCCUUUGAGAAAAAGCCCAACCAUGGAACAAGCAGUGCAGACCGCCUCGGCCCACUUACCUGCUCCAGCAGCUGUUGGGAGAAGGAGUCCUGUAUCAACCAGGCCUUUGCCAUCUACCAGCCAAAAGGCAGGAGAGAAUCAGGAGCACAGGCGAGCUGAAGUACACAAAGUUUCAAGGCCAGAAAAUGAGCAACUCAGAAAUGAUAACAAGAGACAAGUAGCUCCAGGUGCUCCUUCAGCUCCAAGGAGAGGGCGUGGGGGUCAUCGGGGUGGCAGGGGAAGAUUUGGUAUUCGGCGAGAUGGGCCAAUGAAAUUUGAGAAAGACUUUGACUUUGAAAGUGCAAAUGCACAAUUCAACAAGGAAGAGAUUGACAGAGAGUUUCAUAAUAAACUUAAAUUAAAAGAAGAUAAACUUGAGAAACAGGAGAAGCCUGUAAAUGGUGAAGAUAAAGGAGACUCAGGAGUUGAUACCCAAAACAGUGAAGGAAAUGCUGAUGAAGAAGAUCCACUUGGACCUAAUUGCUAUUAUGACAAAACUAAAUCCUUCUUUGAUAAUAUUUCUUGUGAUGACAAUAGAGAACGGAGACCAACCUGGGCUGAAGAAAGAAGAUUAAAUGCUGAAACAUUUGGAAUCCCACUUCGUCCAAACCGUGGCCGUGGGGGAUACAGAGGCAGAGGAGGUCUUGGUUUCCGUGGUGGCAGAGGGCGUGGUGGUGGCAGAGGUGGUACCUUCACUGCCCCUCGAGGAUUUCGUGGAGGAUUCAGAGGAGGUCGUGGGGGCCGGGAGUUUGCAGAUUUUGAAUAUAGGAAAACCACAGCUUUUGGACCCUAAAAGGUCUGGAUUGAUCGUACUGCUUUCUGAAAGAAAGACAACAAAGUUGCUGCAUAGUCUACAAACAAGCCUCUGAAAAUAGGUGAAUUUCUAGCUCUUCAUGGUCCUGAACAUUGAUUUCAGUCUUUGCGAAGAACGAAGAAGUGAAUUCGCUGUACAUUUGUCACCAGCACUGGGUUUUUGUUUUUUGUUUGUUUUUCCGCUUAAUUUCAAAAAUAAAAUGCAGUUACUUUUGGGGGUGGAAGGCUCAUCUUAAAACAUGAGCAUUAAAUAUAUUUGGAAUAGCAGAAGGUUAAGUAAUUUCUUAUGUAUAGUUAAACUAAAGCAGUACUUCAGUGGGACUUACAAGUAUUUUUUCAUCACUGAAAGGUUUUUUCUUUUUAUCACUAAAUUGUAUUUGGCAAUUGCAAGUUGCCUGCAGAUAGGGCCGUGAUACUGUGUUUUGAGCCACAGAAGGUUGUGUGUGUGCGUGCGUGCGCGUGUGUGUGUGUGUGUAUCUUUUUCCUCCUUUCUUUUGGGGAAUCCUGUAAUAUGAGGUAGCUUAUUUCGUCAAUUAAUUAGGGUGCUGGAUGGUAGAGAAUUUUGUCAGUCAACUAUGUACACACAGUAAAUACUGUUUCUUAGGCAAAGGUAACUUUUUUAUAUAGUUGUAAAAUUCCAUUAUAUUCCAUUGCCAAAGAAACAUUAAGAACUUUGUAUAGCUGUAUAAAAAGCAACUAAUUUUUUAAAGAAUAAACAUUUUAAAGUCAGCAAACAUACUGUGUCCUUGCAGAAGUUGAUGUGCUGAGCAGCAGCAUUAUGGGUGGGUCUUUUUUUCUUAGUUUUCCAGGCUUAACAUGUUUGAUUUUGUUUUUUAAUGUUUAGAACAUAAAUGAAGAUUUGAUCCAUUCUUUCAUUAUCUAAAAAGGAUUAAUUAUUCAUGCUCAUUGUAAGAACUUCAUUUUGUAGCAAAUGGCAUAUCACAGGAUCUGUCCAGAUAAUCGAUAUUUUCAGUAUACAAAUGUAAAUAAUCACAGAUGAGAAUGUACUUAGCUGUAUUUUCAAAUAAGUAAUCUUCCCCCUCUUUUUUAGGACUUUAAAACUAGGCAUCAAUGAACCUGUUUUUCCUAUUAUGCCUGGAAUUUAGUCAUGAUACCUUGACUCAUUCCAUCAUAUUUCAAGAGGAUUCAGAGUGCUAGAAAUUACUUUGGUAGCCUAUAACACACGGCAACACUGGUCCUUGGGCCUAUGACCCACAGAUGACUCAGUAUAGAGUUCAUUGCUAAUUAUAAAUUACUAGUGAAUCUUUUUGAUAUUUUAAGCUCUAGUGGGAAAAAUCUGGCCACUUUUGUGUUUUUAUGAAGGCCAUGGAAUAAAAGGAUCCAAAGAUUUAAAUAUUUUUAUCUAAUAUUUUGAUUGUUUUAUUAACUUUCUCCUUAAAACAUUCAGUAGUGAUAAAGAUAUAGAAACUGCACUGUAGGAGAAUUGGAAUAUUUAAGGCUGGUUGACAUUUUUUAUUUUAAUUUUAUAUCUUUUGUAUAGCUCUACAAGGCAGUGUUUUGUAAUUUGGUUUCAUUAUGAAGAUCCAGUACUUGGCAGCCAUAGUUUAGAUAAUAUUGUUUAGUGCUGUUUGCUUGCAUGUUAACAACAAAACCUUUUAGAGGACCCACAAAUCAUGAUAUUGAACACAUUUCUGAGGCAUUCAGAGCAUCAAAGCAAGUACCAUGGCAAUACAUGUGUAGACUGUUUGAGUUGUCCCAGGCCAAUUUCAAGAAAGAAAACUGUAAAUACUAGUUCUACUUGCUCUGAAAUUAUGAGUUCAUGCGUUUUCCCAGCCCUCCAAAUCACUGACUGGGGCGUUUUGUGCCCCAACAAUAACUGGCAGCAUGGCAUACCUGCAGUACACCUUACAAUAUUAAAGCAAAGUUUUUAUUCUAAAACAGAAUAAAACUAUUCAAUAAAAAA